UAUAAAUACUCGUAUCUCACUUAGCUUCCUUGCACUUAUAGUAGUGAAUCAAAAGGCCAAUUGAUCUCAAACUUUUCUAUAGGGCAACCCAAACGGCGUUUAAGUAUCUCUUUUUCUCCUCUUUUUACAGCGAUUUUCCUCUUUUUUCCAUUUGAUUUGUCCUGAAAGUGUGAUCCUAAACCCUAAUUUCAAUGGCGAGGCCUUCGCGUGAUGCAAUUGAGACAUUCAUGAGCAUCACUGGCGCGUGUGAAGCUGUUGCAGUUCAGAAGCUUGAGGCCCAUGGGGGUGAUCUCAACGGGGCUGUGAAUGCAUACUUCAAUGAAGGAGAACAAAGACCUAGCACGCGGCCAACAAGCGCUGCUGCCGAUGAAAAUGAUUUCAUGGAUACAGAUGAUCCAAUCCAAAUUUUUGAGCCUCAGCGACUUCCUGGACCAUUUCCUGCAACAAGUUUAAACCCACUUUCACUUCUUGACCGAGAAUUCCCGAGAAAUAUAUAUGAUAGCAUAUUUGAUGGGAGAGGUCCAAUGGGUGGUAUGCCACGUGUUUCCCAUCCUAGGGAGGUGAGAGAGAUCCAAAUAGAUUUUAAGGAUGGAGAUAACCAAUCUGGACCUUCUGGGGCUACACCCGCUGUUGAGGAUGUUACUGGAAGUGUGGAUUUACCUGGCCCAGAGAUUCGUGGCAGAGUUACAAUUGAUGAUGAUGAAGAAGAUGUGGAUCCCCCAACUACUGGUUCAACUUUACACACUUCUGGUCAUAAUGGAAGAAAUGCAGAUGGUUCUGAUGUUGAGAUUUAUGAGCGUCAGCCAGGACUGAAUGCACCACAAGAUGAUGUGAGAGAUGAUGGUCUUGAUAUAGAAGAAGAAAUGUUGCAAGCUGCAAUUGAGGCUUCAAAACGUGAAGCCACAGAAUCAUAUAAGAAGCAACAGACCGCAGAACAAGAGAAGACUUUGCGUGAACAUGGUGCGUUUAAUGGAAUUCUAGAUCUUGAGAAAAAUUUAGAUGGGUUUCAUCAUGACGUAGUGGAAAGAUUCUCAUCAAAUGGAAGCCAAGGGUAUGGUUCAUCAUCUAAAGAGGAAUCAUCGGAUCGAGCUAAGAUGGAAGCAGGCAAUCCAUUGGUCCAAGAUGAAGCUGAUGAUGUAGAGGAAGUACCACUUGUAAGGCACAGGCCAAGGCAUUCAACUCAUACAACUACAGAAACUGCCACUGAUGUUGGUCACGUGUCCAAUAGUCCACCUUCAAGUCCUGGGCCACAAAGCAUCUCUAGUCAUCCCCAGCAUGAUUUCCAAAAUGAUGAGUGGGGUGGCAUAUCUUCUGAGGAGCAUGACGAAGCUGUGAUGCUCGAGGCUGCAAUGUUUGGUGUCCCUGAAGAUGCUGGGUAUCGAUUUUCCUAUCCCAGACGGAUAGUUCGACCACCUUCACCUACUUUAGCAGCACAACGUUUACUAAGGGAGCAACAAGACGAUGAGUAUCUUGCAUCACUCCAAGCCGACCAAGAGAAAGAACUAAAGGCAAAGCAAGAAGCUGAGCUCCGUUGUCAGGAAGAGGCAGCUGCUCGAGAAGCUGCUCUUGAAAGACAAAGACAGGAGCUAGAGGAUGCUCAUAGGAAAUUACUUGAGGAAGAGGAGCUUGAGAGACAACUUGCGGCAAAAGAAGCCUCCCUACCCCAGGAACCGCCAGCUGACAAUGAGAAUGCCAUUACACUCCUUGUGAGGAUGCCUGAUGGCAGUCGCCGUGGUCGUCGUUUUCUGAUGGCCGACAAGCUUCAGUCCCUUUUUGACUUCAUCGAUGUUGGCAGAGGGGUAAAGCCCAACACUUACAGACUGGUGAGGCCAUACCCUCGACGGGCAUUCAGCGAUGGGGAGAAAGGCCUAUCCUUGAGUGAGGUUGGGCUCAGCAGUAAGCUGGAGGCACUGUUUUUGGAGUUGAUUUAGCCACAUUAGCUCAUUCUAUCAUAUAAAACAAAAGAGAAAAAGAAUUAAAGACAACAGAAAACAAAGCAAAACAAAAGAGGUAUUGUGUUAGGGACAUUUCUUGUGGCUUGCUAUUAUAUGGUGAGUGUUUGCAGUGCUGAGAAUCCAAAACCCAUUAAUCAGAAGAAGUUUCCUCUUAUGAGGCUGAAGUUUAGGGUAAUGGUUUCUGCUCAAUUCUAUUGAUUAAUAUAAAUUCUACUGCCUUUGCCUAAAGAAUGACCCUUUUCUGCAA